AUGGCUGCCAGAGCCCCCGAUAAUAAUCCCAAGGCGCUCAGCGCCAAAGAAUCUGACAGUGCCCAUGGUUCCGCUGGCGGCAACAGGACCACAUCCGGGGGUGCUAAUGCAGCAGACUCUGGGGCAGAAUCCGAGGACGACGCGGACGAAAACAUCACUGAAUCUACCGCUGCCGCUGGUGAAUCUGGUGCCACGAAAAAGAAGAAUAAGAAGAAGAACAAGAAGAAGAAGAAGAUGAAGAAGGCUCCGACUGCCCAGACCGAACCUCCGUCAGUUCUCGUGUCCCAAUUGUUUCCGAACGACACAUACCCUAAAGGCGAAGAAGUCGAAUACUCCAAUGAGAACCGAUAUCGUACUACCAACGAGGAGAAGCGUCAUCUAGAUAUGCUCAAUAGUGAUUUUCUUUCUGAUUAUCGUCAAGCAGCCGAGACGCAUCGUCAGGUCCGCCAGUGGGCGCAGAAAAAUAUCAAGCCGGGUCAGAUGCUCACCGAGAUCGCUAAUGGCAUUGAGGACAGCGUUCGUCGUUUAGUCGGACACGAUGGCCUAUCCGAAGGCGAUGCAAUUCAUGCUGGAAUGGCUUUCCCAACUGGCCUAAACAUUGAUGAGAUUGCUGCCCACUUCAGCCCAAAUAGCGGCAACAAGACUGUCCUUCAGCAUAAUAAUGUGAUGAAGAUUGACAUUGGCGUGCAUGUAAAUGGCCGCAUCGUUGAUAGCGCCUUCACAAUGGCGUUUGAUCCGAUGUACGACAAUCUCCUUGCAGCCGUUAAGGACGCGACAAAUACUGGCGUCCGUGAAGCCGGAAUUGACGUUCGACUUGGCGAGCUUGGUGGAUACAUUCAGGAAGCCAUGGAAAGCUACGAAUGCGAAAUCAAUGGGACGACCUACCCAAUCAAGCCGAUUAGGAAUAUAACCGGGCAUAGCAUCUUGCACUACAGCAUCCACGGCUCAAAGAGCGUUCCCUCUGUGAAGACGAACGAUACCACUAAGAUGGAAGAAGGUGAUGUCUUCGCCAUUGAGCCCUUUGGUAGUACUGGAAAAGGCAAGGUCUACGAUCAGGGUGAAGUCUCACAUUAUGCUCUACGCAGUGAUGCGCCUAAAGCGGACUUGCAUCUCUCUUCAGCAAAGUCGUUGCUGUAUAGCAUUAAGAAGAAUUUUAGUACUCUUCCCUUCUGCCGACGAUAUUUGGAUAGAAUCGGGCACGAGAAAUAUCUACUCGGUCUAAACCAUCUAGUCAAAUCCGGCAUUGUCGAGGAUUAUCCCCCUCUGGUUGACCAGAAAGGGUCAUACACAGCCCAAUUUGAGCAUACAAUUCUGCUCAGGCCUACGGUGAAAGAGGUUAUUAGUCGUGGAGAAGAUUACUGA